ACAUCUUUCAAAAUCAAAGGAAAUUCAUAUAGGAGAUUUUUGUUUACAACUUUACAUGAGACUGAAGUCUCACGAAAUUCGCAUCCUCGGACCCUCUUCUUUCCCCUCCCUUGUGGGUUCAAAGCUGCAUAAACUUACGACUCCACCAAUCGCUCUGAAAGUCUGAAAAUAUCCAUCUAUCAUCAUCGUGUCCGUUAACAACCGUUAACUUCCACUCUGCCUUCCUCUCUCCCAGUAUAGGCAAUGGACUCAGGAGGGAACUCAUUAUCAUCUGGACCAGAUGGGAAGAAGCGGAAGGUAUGCUAUUUCUAUGACCCAGAAGUUGGGAAUUAUUAUUAUGGUCAAGGUCAUCCAAUGAAGCCACACAGAGUUCGGAUGACGCAUGCCCUUCUUGCGCACUACGGACUACUACAACAUAUGCAUGUACUGAAGCCUUCUCCUGCUAGAGAUAAGGAUCUUUGCAGGUUCCAUGCUGAUGAUUAUGUUGCUUUCUUGAAAAGCAUAACUCCAGAAACACAACAAGAUAAUCUUAGGCAGCUGAAGAGGUUUAAUGUUGGAGAAGACUGUCCUGUGUUUGAUGGUCUGUACUCCUUCUGUCAAACAUAUGCUGGUGGUUCUGUUGGCGGGGCAGUGAAAUUAAAUCACGGGAUAUGUGAUAUUGCUGUCAAUUGGUCCGGUGGGUUGCACCAUGCUAAGAAGUGUGAGGCUUCAGGUUUUUGCUAUGUGAAUGACAUAGUGCUUGCCAUCUUAGAGCUUCUUAAAGAUCACCAGAGAGUCUUGUAUGUAGAUAUUGAUAUCCAUCAUGGUGAUGGUGUUGAAGAGGCCUUUUAUACUACAGACAGGGUCAUGACGGUUUCAUUUCAUAAAUAUGAAGAUUAUUUUCCCGGUACUGGGGAUAUAGAAGAUAUCGGACAUGGGAAGGGGAAAUAUUACUCCCUUAACGUCCCAUUAGAUGAUGGUAUUGAUGAUGAGAGCUAUCAAAUUCUGUUUAAGCCAAUAAUGAGCAAAGUGAUGGAAGUUUUUAAGCCCAGUGCUGUGGUGUUGCAAUGCGGUGCCGAUUCAUUGUCUGGAGAUAGAUUGGGUUGCUUCAAUCUCUCAAUUAAAGGGCAUGCAGAAUGUGUGAGAUAUAUGAGGUCUUUUAAUGUACCAUUGCUAUUGCUGGGUGGCGGCGGAUACACUAUACGCAACGUAGCUCGUUGCUGGUGCUAUGAAACCGGAGUUGCUCUUGGAAUAGAACUUGAAGAUAAAAUGCCACAGCAUGAAUAUUAUGAGUAUUUUGGCCCGGAUUAUACUCUUCAUGUCGCUCCGAGUAAUAUGGAGAACAAAAAUUCUCGUCAAAUGUUAGAAGAAAUGCGAUCAAAGCUGCUAGAAAAUCUCUCAAAACUUCAGCAUGCACCAAGUGUUCAAUUCCAGGAGCGCCCCCCGGGUACUGAACUUCCAGAGGAUGAUGAGGAUCAAGAUUGUAAAGAUGUAAGGUGGCGGGAUCAUGAUUCUGAUGUAAAGUAUGAACCGAGGGAUGAAGUUUGGAACACACAACCUACGCGAGUAAAGAGGGAGAUUGUGGGACCUGAAGCCAGUGUCACUGAUUCCAUGCAAAUUGAUCAACGCGAGGAGUAUGUGAAUCGGCAUUCAAAGAUCCAAUAAUACUAAAGAUCCAAAAAUUGUGGUCAUACAACAAUUUUAUAGUAGUGUAUCAGAGAUGAAUAGACUAUAAGCCAUAGUUUGCCCCCUCCCCUCGAAAUUCGUCCAAAACUCUCCAUUGAGACAAAACCUUUAAGCUUGUUUGCUGCAGGGAUUUCAGAAGGAACAGGGGAGGAUAGAUUUUUAUGUAGCGUUAGACUAGAAACAAUUAUAUGAUCGAUUAAUUCAUGUAUUCCUAUAUAGUUUUUUGUCACCACUAUAUUUUCAAUCAUCUAAAUGUAGAAAUAAUUUUGAAUAUAAAUAUUGAUCCCUUCUCUCCCUCCUAACCGAGCCA